AUGAGCGAUAAACAAGAUCCAAACUACAAUACUGAAAUCGACCUUGACCCAUUGUGGGACUUCCUUGAUUACUAUAAGACUGGCGAACUUGCCGACUGCACAAUUGUUGCAGAUGGAAAAGAACUUAAGUGCCACCAAAUUGUUCUUGCAAAUGGCUCCGAAUUCUUCAAGGAUAACUUCACAUCCGGUGAUACAUUCAAAGGAUCCAGCGAAAGAAGGAUUGACAUCACUGUAAAUCCAGAAGGUAAAUUAGAAAAGGUUAUUGAGUUCCUCUACUGCGGCCAAAUUACCUUAUCCGAAGAUGAACUCAUGCCCCUACUCGAAAUCGCUAUCUUCUACAGGAUUUCUAUCCUUAAAGCACUUAUUACAGAACAGCUCGAUAAGAUCACUGACCAUAACAAGAUAAUGAAUAUGUUCACAGAGUGCUUCGAUAAGGAUUACUCAAAUGCUACAAAGGUCUUUCCAACGUACAUCGCUAAGUUCUAUAACAAAUAUUCCAAGAAGCAGAUUAGCGAUUGCCUGGAUACUGAUUGCUUCCUUAACACAUUACUCCUCCUCAAGAUGAAAUCCAAGGAUAUGGCUACAGAAAUCCUUUCUUUCUUCAAUGAUUUCAAUUUCUUCCAGGAUGAAGCCACAAAACAGGCCCACGAUACAUUUAUGAAGUUCAUUCAGGAUUCUGUUAAAGAUAACAACGAUCUUACCAAAAUUCUCAAAUCUAAGAAGCCUGAAUGGUUUAAAUAA